UAAACCACAUCGUACUAGAAAUGUCAACAAUUUUUUUUCAUCCUUCAAUUGAUAUUUAUUGUUUCUUAUUUGAAGUAAAAAAAUGAUGUUGUUGAAGUAUUGAUUUACGUGGACAUUGUUACCCGUUUUCUAUUUUCUAGUAAAAUUUUAUAGAGUAAUCAAAUCGUAGUGGCAUUCAGCUAGAACAUAUUUUAAAUUUAAAUUGGACAAUUUCGCAAAAACAAAAUUAAAGCCAAAUGUUAAGGUAUUGAAAUCACGGAAAUCAGCAAUAAUAGAGAAGAACAAACCAGAAAAUUCGUGAAUUCGUUGGUAAACUCACUUUGGCACAAUUUCAAUACGAUUUAAGAAAUAGUUUAUUCAUCGAAAAAACCACAAAAUGAAAACUGACCAAGAGGACUUGAAGCAUGGCAAAGCCGACGACACAAAAACAAAUGAAAGCGAGAGUGAAAGUGGAAAUGAACAGAAGAACAUCAAAAUUGACAAAAUAGAUCCAGAUGCUGUGAUUCAAACCAAAGAAGAAUAUUUCGAUGCCUUGAGAGUAUGGUUGCAAAAAGUGCAGCUCCAGCAAAUGGCAUACACCUAUUUCCCGUACUACUUGUCCUCAAAUCUACAACCAAAUAUCAAUAAUGUUUUCAUUCCUCCGAUGCCAUUUCUACCGGCCCAGUAUCCACCGUUUUCAGCAGCAGCGCCCACAUUCAAUCCACAAUUAUUUCCACAAGCCGCGAAUGGAAAUAAUCAGGCUGAACCACGACCGCAAUUCUUUGGCAACAAUUUUUUCCAACCAAAUCGCAACAAUUAUAUGGAUAAUGUUCGGCAAAAUAUGCAGAUUCUUUAUCAAAAUGGUGGCUACGAAUAUGUUAUUGCGCCUAUUUGGAAAAGAUUCUUGGCCGAAGCGAUCGACGUUAUAAUUCUGUUUAUUAUCAAACUGAUGAUUGUCUUCAUGAUGAUUGACCUCUUUAAUAUUCAAAUCGUGAGUUUGGACUUUGAUUCAUUGCGAUCAUCACUGGAAGAAGAUUAUUUGGAGUUCUUAUCCUUUUCGUCAGAUCUGCUAUUGGUGGAGAUUCUAACGAAAGUUAUGGUAUGUAUUUACGAAGCGAUGUGGACAGCUCAAGGGCAGUCAGCCACACCGGGAAAGAUAAUAAUGGGAAUUCGGAUUCUGUACGUUGAAGCGGUUGUACCCAUCGGACAAAUUCAUGCUGAGCCCACCAAUUUGAAUGCCUCAACACGUGCACUAAUGUAUCCGGCUUCGAAUCCGGGCUUUCGACGCGCUUUAUUACGUGCCAUUGCUAAAAAUAUGCUAAUGACUUUGAUGUUCCCGAUGUGUUUUGUUUUGCUCUUCUUUCGCAACAAUCGUACUGGCUACGAUGUUAUGACGAAAACAAUUGUCGUCGAAGAGAAUCCCGUUCCAAUUCGUCGGCAAUUGUGAAUUUGCUUUGAACGAAAGCACUGUAAAAACAUAUGAUAAAAAACAAGUGAAAUCGAAUGAUCCCAAUGCUAUUUUAGUAUCCACCAAAACAUAAAUGAAAAUCAAGAACCUAGUUAAGAUAUCUAAUAAACAUAAAUGCAAAUCAAUUCA